AAGCUGUAUCUAAAAAAGCUCAUCUCAAAGUCACCCCAACGGCCCAAAAACAAAUAAAAAGAAGCAAAAAAAAAUAUUAUUUCUCAUUCAUCUCUCUCAUUGAACAUCAACAUCUUCAUUGUUCAUUCUGCAAUUCGAAUUUUAGGGUUUCUUUUUUCUUCUAGAGUUAGUAGAAAAGUUCGCGACUUUAUUGUUGGGUAAUGGUUUGAGGAGAGAAAAGUCAAGAAGAAGUUUUUUUUUUUUGUUUUUUCGAAUAAGCGGCGGAGAAUGAGUGCUUCGAGGUUCAUAAAGUGUGUCACCGUCGGCGAUGGCGCCGUCGGAAAAACCUGUAUGCUGAUCUCUUACACCAGCAACACUUUCCCUACGGACUAUGUUCCAACAGUGUUCGACAACUUCAGUGCCAACGUGGUUGUAGAUGGCAACACUGUGAAUCUUGGAUUGUGGGAUACAGCUGGUCAAGAAGACUAUAACAGGUUAAGACCAUUGAGUUACCGUGGUGCAGAUGUCUUCAUUCUUGCUUUCUCUCUUAUCAGCAAAGCUAGCUACGAGAACAUAGCCAAGAAGUGGAUUCCUGAGCUUAGGCAUUACGCCCCUGGAGUUCCUAUCAUCCUCGUUGGAACAAAACUCGAUCUUCGAGAUGACAAGCAGUUCUUCAUAGACCAUCCCGGUGCAGUACCAAUCACUACAAACCAGGGAGAGGAACUAAAGAAGCUGAUAGGAUCUCCGGUUUACAUUGAAUGUAGUUCAAAGACGCAGCAGAACGUGAAAGCAGUCUUUGACGCAGCUAUAAAAGUGGUGCUUCAGCCCCCCAAGUCAAAGAAGAAGAAAAAGAACAAGAAUCGUUGCGCUUUCUUGUGAUCUCACCUUUAAAAAAAAAACAAGAAAAAGUUUGGUAGGUGACAAGCGAAGCUGAAGAGAAGAGAAAAAAAGAUUCAGAGCAUCAAACUGUCUAGUUGUUGUUAUAAGGCUUUGUUCGGUUGAGAAUCUAAUCAGUAAGAAGAGGGGGAUGAGUUCUUUGGUGUGUUGUUGUUGGAUGUACUAUAACUACGUAGACUAAUCUUCUUAAUCCAUGUUUUUUUUGGUUU